AAUAAAUCCAAGGCCUUUCUCAAAGCGUAUGUGGGCAUUGGAAGUGGAGAAGCUCGUCUUUAUCGCUUCUUUUUCUAAUCGUUGCUUCGAGUUCGCGAUUUCAUCGCUUUGCCAUUCGAUCAAUUUCUGUUUUCUAGUAGAUCGUGAGGUAGAUCGACGGAUUGCGUCUCGGAAUCCGGAAUCUCAGCGGCACCGGCUCUCGAUCGAGUUAUCUCUCGAUCGGAUCGGCCGAGGAAUUGUGGAUGAUGUGUGUUCGGAGUUCGCCUUUGAUUCUAAGGAUUAGGGCAGCGUGGAUCGGAGCUGAUUGAUGUUCUUGUUGCUGCUGUUGUUGUGGUUCGAGAAAUUGAUUGGGGAUUGUGGGGAUUUGGGGGGUUUAGGGUUUCGUUUUUUCUUUUCUUGGGGGUUUUAUUUUUGAUUGUUGAGUUUUCUUGGUUGGGAUUUAGAGUAUGAGUGUUUCAGUGCUGGAGGAAGGGGGAUUGGAGGAGUCGGCUGGUCGGGAGAUCGUGAGGGUCAACGCUAAGAGAGCGUUGGUUGGAGCUGGGGCACGGAUUCUCUUUUAUCCGACCUUGCUCUACAAUGUUUUCCGGAACAAGCUUCAGCCGGAGUUCCGAUGGUGGGAUCAAGUUCAUGAGUUUCUCUUGUUGGGAGCUGUUCCAUUUCCUAAGGAUGUACCUCGCCUCUUGCAGCUUGGUGUUCGUGGAGUAGUUACUUUGAAUGAACCAUAUGAAACUUUAGUUCCAUCAUCUUUAUAUCAGGUUUAUGGGAUUGAUCAUCUUGUGAUUCCAACAAGAGAUUACCUUUUUGCUCCAUCACUUGCAGACAUAUGCCGAGCAGUGGACUUUAUUCAUGAGAAUGCAUCUUGUGGGAGAACUACAUACGUUCAUUGUAAAGCUGGGAGGGGACGAAGUACCACAAUUGUCUUGUGUUACCUGGUUAAGCAUAAGAAUAUGACACCUUCAGCUGCUUUGGAAUAUGUACGGGCAAUAAGAUCUCGAGUGCUGUUGGCUCCUUCACAAUGGAGGGCUGUUCUGGAAUAUAGCAAACUAAAGUUCGAGUCCCCUGCAGUCAGAACCCGAACACCGCCAAGUUCUCCCCUGGGGGAUGAAGUAUUGAUCACCGAAGCUGAUCUUGAAGGAUACGAGAGUGGCAAAGAUUCCCGCAAGGAUCUUAACAUCUCCCUGUACAGGUCAUCUCUAGCCAAGCCCAUGAUCGCGAGGCUUUCAUGCCUCUUUACCUCUUUGAAGGUUUCUAGCAGCUGCCCGCCUGUUGCUAGCCAACUUCCAGAGAUAAAAGCUUGCUAGUUCGCUCAUCUGAAUAACCGAAGAAGGAGAAGAAAUGCGCCUCUGGUAGAGAAUAAAAUGAGGCAAUGAAAGAAGAGCAAAUAUGCUCUUCAUCUUCUUCUUCUAUGAGCCAACUUGGAAAGGAGAAACUUUUUCAUUCUCUAUUUUCUUUGUUCUUGUUUUCAUGAAGUACAUUUGCAAAGAAACGUUGAGGCGACUAUAUAUAUAUAUAUGUACAAGAGUUAAGAGAGUCACCUCUUUAUUUGGCUCUGUUUUCCUUAACCUCCUUCUCCAGUUGCCAUUUCA